UGAUCAAAAUAGCCUGCUUUUAUACAUCCACGUGUCUAUAAAAGGACAAACAGACAAACAAACAAACACGCAAACCCUUCUCAACCCUUCUCAAACAACCCUUCUCAAAUAAGAAAUGUCAAAUUUACCGACGCACUUUAACCGCGAAUCCAUCGACUGGACACGCGUGAAUCGACAACAUCUUCAAGAGCCACCGGAAAAUCAUCACCUUCAGCAACAACGUCAACCAACAGUGCCUGAAGUUUCUACACCAACACCUACAGGAAUACAGGCUGGCGAUCUUAUAACUUGUUUGAGUGGUAAAACCUAUAAUGUGCUAAAAAACCUCUCGUUUGGGCCUUUCGCCGCUGUUUACCAAAUCAGAGCAACCUGGGGUGAUAAGUCAUUGUUUGCCCUGAAAGAGGAGAAAAGACGACCAAACAAAAAUUUCUUCAAACUUGAAAUGGAACUUAAAGUUUUGCAAGCUGCUUCAACUCUAUCGAAAGAACAAAAACAGCAUUUUCCUGUUCUGUAUGACCGAAGUAUUGAAUCGCCAACAUCGAUGUUUCUUGUAAUUUCGCUUCUAGGCGACUCUCUAGCUGAUAUCAAGGCUAAACAGCCCACGAAAAUCCUUAGUAUCAAUUCUGGCCUUUACUGUGGAAUCCAAAUGCUUGAAUCGAUAAAACAACUCCAUGCUUUAGGCUUUGUUCAUCGUGACAUUAAGCCAUCCAACUUCGUCUUAGGCCGGUCAAAAACAAGCUCUAAAAAUAUUGUGCAUAUUAUAGACUACGGAAAUUCCCGGAAGAUUGUUGGAACUGAUGGGAAGCUCGAAAUUCCUAGAAAAAAGGCUAGAACCGUCAAGUUCGCUCCCCGUGCAAUGCAUAGUGGCAUGGAAUCUGGCUUUAAGGACGACCUUGAGAGUUGGAUUUAUUCUUUGGCUGAUUUAAUUCUGCGGGCAAAUGUUCCUUGGCGAUAUGAAACAAAUGUUGAAGUGGUUGCAGAUAUGAAGGAAGAAGUUUUCAAAAAUACUGAAAAACUGUUUCCAGGACAGGAGUUUUUGGAAUUGAGGCAGAUUAUGAAUUAUUUGACCAAAAAAGAAUAUGCUAAUAAAAUGGAUUUUGACUGGCUUUGUCUUAUGGUCAAACGAGUGGCAAAACGCAAGAGGUGCACCUUAAAAGAACCGUUCGAUUGGUGUUGAUGAAAGAAAAGGGGAAAGAAAAUAAAUUCAAAAUUUAUUUUGUUAUUUGUAGUAAAUAUGUAUAGGUAUAUUUUAUUAGCUUGUGUUGUCUAAAUAAUUUGUUUGUAUCGAUGUUUUUUUUUCGUUGUAUGUGAUAAAUAAAAAUGUUUGUUUGGUUGAUAGGUUUCCUUUUAUUUGAUUUGUAGCU